CCCGCUGCCAACUGCUCGUUUUUUUCUCGUCCUUUCCAUUUGCUGGAGCAAUAGGGUCGCCUGAUACGGUGAUAAGGUUCCCCAUAUAUAAAUACCGCUCUCUCUACACACCACCCUCUAGCCUUAAGGAAUUGGGUCACAGCAUACAGUUUACGUCUGCUCCCAUCCCCACGCUCUCUCCGCUGCAUCCCUUGCAUCUCACUACACGUCAAAACGACGACGACCUCGCUCGACUCCGCUCAUUAUGCUAGGCCUCUUUGACAAGGACCCAGAAAAGACCCAACAGACCCUCGUUGAAAGAGAAAGGAACACGUCCAACUCCCCCUCGGCCGCCGCCUCGUACACCUCCUCUCUCGACAUGUACUCGCACGACUCGUCCUCGUCGAAGGACCUCAAGCCGACUGUGUCCAUCACCACCUUGUCCAGUGACAAGCCCUCCUUCCUCGUCAUUUUUCUCACCGCGUUGGCGUCCAUCUCGGGCUUCAUGUUCGGCUACGACACCGGUUACAUCUCCUCCGCCCUAGUCUCCAUCGGCAAGUCCUUUGGCACAGAGCUCUCCUACGGCGAGGAGCAGUUCAUCACCGCCGCAACCUCCCUAGGCGCGUUCAUCACCGCCUUGCUCUCCGGCUUGAUUGUCGACUUCUCCGGCAGAAAGCCCCUCUUGAUGAUCUCUAACCUGAUGUUCAUUGUCGGUGCCAUCAUCCAGUGUGCCGCAGAGUCUGUAUGGACCAUGAUCGUCGGCCGUUUUAUCAUGGGUUUCGGUGUCGGUAUCGGAUCAUUGAUCUCCCCGCUAUACAUCUCUGAGUUGGCUCCUUCCAGAUACAGAGGUAGAUUGGUUGUUUUGAACUGUCUCGGCAUCACCGGAGGUCAGUUGAUUGCCUACGCCAUCGGUGCAGGCCUAAACCACGUCCACAAUGGUUGGAGAAUCUUGGUCGGCUUGUCCAUGAUACCCCCAGCUAUCCAGUUUGUUGCUUUCCUCUUUUUGCCAGACACCCCAAGAUACCUCAUCAUGAGAAACAAAACCGAAGCAGCAGAAAAAGUUCUCAUGAGAACAAACCCUCACGCCUCUCUUGAAAACAUCAAGUUAAAGAUUUUGGAUUUGCAAGAAGAAGACCUUCUUUCCGAGUGUAAAAAUCCCUUCAAAAAAUGGUGGAACACCGUUCUUGAGCUUCACAGAGUCCCUUCAAACUUCCGUGCCCUAUUCCUCAGUUGUGCAUUACAGGCCAUACAACAAUACACAGGUUUCAACUCCUUGAUGUACUUCUCCUCAACGAUUUUUAAGGCAAUCGGCUUCAAUAACUCUACCGCAGUCUCGUUAAUCGUCGCCGGUACUAACUUUGUUUUCACCGUCUUUGCAUUCUUUAUCAUCGAUAAGAUCGGCCGUAGGUUGAUCCUACUCAUUUCUAUCUUCUUGAUGACGUGUUUCCUAGUCUUGAACGCUAUUGCAUUCCAUUUCAUUGAAAUCACCUUCCAUCACAAUAGUGCUGUUGUCUUGGGAAACAUCCACACUUGGGGGAUUGUCAUCAUCGUCUCGAUGAUCUGCUUCGUUGCCUCCUAUGCUAUAGGUCUUGGUAAUGUUCCUUGGCAACAAAGUGAAAUGUUCCCUCAGAAAGUCCGUGGUAUUGGAACUUCUUACGCCACGGCUUCCAACUGGGGGGGUUCUUUGAUCAUCUCCGCCACAUUCUUAACCAUGUUGGAAAAUAUCACCCCAACAGGCACCUUCUCCUUGUUCGCAGGAUUUUGUGUCCUAUCUUUCAUUCUCAUCUUCUUCUGCUACCCAGAAUUAUCCAACUUGGAACUCGAAGAAGUCCAAGAAUUGUUGACGGGUGGCUUCCAUGUGAAAAGGUCUAUGCAAUUGGCAAAAGCCAGAAAAAACGGUGCUCCACCAGCAAUUGAAAAGGAUACUCCAGAAAGCCUGAACAGCGUUUAGACUUAAUUUGUCCUUAAACUCAUCAUUUAAUCACUAAUACCAUGCAUCCACUCAUCCCUGCUCCUCACCCGUUUUCUUACUUUCCUUACUUUCGAAUUCAUUUCUUGGUUUCGGGGAUUCCGGCUAUCCCCGAUUGUUUUCUUACCUUUC